AUGAAAUCUGUUAUAGUGUCACUUGUGUUAGCUUUACCCAUCCACUAUGCAUUGGGCCUAAAAAAUCUGGAUAAACCCAGAUGGAAAUCAUUUGGCGACGCCCAGCAAGAAUGUGCCGAGUACCUUCUCAUCUCUGAGGACACGAUCGAUCGUUACAUCAGCAGUGGCUAUCCAGAUGAAUCCAGCGUACAAACGCACAUUUACUGUAUUCUGAUCAAUCUCAAUUCGUGGAAUCAGACAACCCUGCAGAUCAACGACUACGUUUUCAAUCGAUUUUUUCGUACAUUGCCCGGCGAUUGCAUCUACAAGCAGCGUACUGAGCAGUGUUUGGCUCAGCAGAACCUCUACUCAAAGUUCAAUGUAAGUAUCAUUAGUCGAGCAUACAACUCGUUCAUGUGUUACUACCAGUACUACGGAAUCCUUUCCAACGAGCCUCAAUGGGUACCGUUCCGAGUUAGUGAGAUUCAUCAAGUCCUAGUCGAUAGCCUACGAAUUAUUCCUCAUCAUCGCAAACGGUUGCUGCAGUAUUGCCAAGGCUUCAUGCUGGUACCUCCUGAAUUCCCGGACCUGAUGUAUGCUUUCACUGUCCGAUUGGCGUUCUACAACGAGUCAACCGGUUUCGAUUUGCAGAAACUUUACGCCCAGUUUGGUAUGAAAGAAAUUUUGACUGAGAAAACCAGCGAUUGCAUUGGUCGUGUGACAAACAAAUACUGUGUGGAACCGGCACGUGUUGUGAACACAAUGCAGACGUGCUUCUCGAGGCUAUACCUAUCGCUGCGAAAGAUGGUCAGCUCAGCUGCCAGUUUGGUACUCGGUCAUCCGGCAGAGUGUUUGAUAGGGCCAAGAUUCGAUUUGAAAACCUACUGA